GACAUGCCGGAGAUCCGUCUCCGUCAUGUCGUGUCCUGUAGCAGCCAGGACUCGACUCACUGUGCAGAGAACCUUCUCAAGGCGGACACUUACCGGAAAUGGCGGGCAGCCAAGGCAGGCGAGAAGACCAUCUCUGUAGUCCUUCAGCUGGAGAAGGAGGAGCACAUACACAGCGUGGACAUCGGCAACGACGGCUCUGCUUUCGUGGAGGUGCUGGUGGGCAGCUCAGCCGGAGCCGGGGGAGACCAGGACUACGAGGUCCUUCUGGUCACCUCGUCUUUCAUGUCCCCUUCUGAGAGCCGCAAUGGCUCAAACCCCAGCCGCGUUCGCAUGUUUGGGCCUGACAAGUUGGUGCGGACAGCAGCCGAGAAACGCUGGGACCGCAUCAAAAUUGUCUGCAGCCAGCCCUACAGCAAGGACGCCCCCUAUGGCCUGAGUUUUGUUCGGUUUCACAGCCCCCCAUACAAAGAUGAGGCAGAAGCCUCAGCCCAGAAGGUGACCAAGCUUGGCCAGUUCCGAGUGAAGGAGGAGGACGAGGGUGGCAGCUCCCUGAGACCAGGAGCGCUGUUCUUCAGCCGGGUCAACAAAACAGCCCCAGCCACAGCCGGUGACCAGGCAGGACCCAGCUAUGCAGCCGCCACGCUCCAGGCCUCCAGUGCCGCAUCUUGCCCCUCCUUGGCGUUCAGAGCUGUGGGUAGUGUCUCCAAGCCUCAAGAGUCCCCCAAGGGGAAGCGGAAGCUGGAUUUGAACCAGGAAGAACGGAAGGCCCCUAGCAAACCAUCAACCCAGCCCUCACCACCCGUCCCCAAGAAACCCAGAUUGCCAGCUCCCUCCCGGCCUCCAGCCACGGCCCCAGUCCCUACCCCAGCACGUGGGACAGUGCCAGGGAAGCCCCAGAAAGAAGGCAGUGAGCCCCAGGGACCCCAGACUGGCCCCCAGGAGCUGGGCAAGAUCCUUCAGGGCGUGGUGGUGGUACUGAGCGGUUUCCAGAACCCCUUCCGCUCCGAGCUCCGGGACAAGGCCCUUGAGCUGGGAGCCAAGUAUCGGCCAGACUGGACCCCGGACAGCACCCACCUCAUCUGCGCCUUUGCCAACACGCCCAAGUACAGCCAGGUCCUGGGCCUUGGCGGCCGGAUUGUGCGUAAGGAGUGGGUGCUGGACUGUCACCGCAUGCGCCGGCGGCUGCCCUCCCGGAGGUACCUCAUGGCGGGGCCAGGCUCAAGCAGCGAGGACGAGGGGGACUCUCACAGCAACAGCAGCGGGGAUGACGCCCCCAAGCUUCCUCACAAGGUCCGACGCCUCCUACAGGGCGGGAAGGAUGCCGUGGGGGAGGAUCCGGUCGUCUGCGAAGGACAGGACAAUGGGGCGGAAGACUCUGGGGACACCGAGGAUGAGCUGAGAAGGGUGGCUGAGCAGAGGGAGCAGAGGCAGCCCCCAGGCCAGGGGGAGAAUGGCGAGGACCCCUACGCAGGCUCCACGGAUGAGAACACAGACAGCGAGGGUCACCCGGAGUCCCCUACCUUGCCGGUCCCCGAGCUCCCAGACUUCUUCCAGGGUAAACACUUCUUCCUCUACGGAGAGUUUCCCGGGGAUGAGCGGCGGAAACUCACUCGAUACGUCACAGCCUUCAACGGGGAGCUUGAGGACUACAUGAGCGACCGGGUCCAGUUUGUGAUCACCGCCCAGGAGUGGGACCCCAGCUUUGAGGAGGCUCUGAUAGACAACCCGUCCCUGGCCUUCGUCCGCCCCCGAUGGAUCUACAGUUGCAACGAGAAGCAGAAGUUACUGCCCCACCAGCUGUAUGGGGUGGUGCCCCAGGCCUGA